CAAUGGCGGGUACGUGGCAGGGUCCUCGUGAUUCACGACAAGACGACUCCCCCUAAGAGCUCGCUGCCGCCACGUCGCUAGCUACGUCAUCGUCGCCUCGCCACUAUCUUCCCGCCUUGCGGAUUUGCCGUGAAUCGCGGUGCGGCAAGCCCACUAAUCUGCGGUCCCACUCGUACGCGAUCCCACUAGCACCUGCGAUCCUUGUGGCUGGCUGCCCUAGUCAGCACGCGUCUCUCGCUGCUGCGAUCAGUCAUCUUUGAGGCGCUCAAAAAUAGACUCCUUGUGUCUGGCAAUUCUAACUUCGGAGCACGCAUCUCUCGCCGCUGCGAUCCUGCAUUCUUCGGCCCUUAUCGGCUGGCACAGCAUUACUACUCCUAUGCCUGAUCCGAUAUCGAUGCAGUAUUAGCUACUCCCGAUCCUCAUUUCAACGCCCGAACCUCGUCUUAGUUACUUCCGAACCUCUUAGCUUUUCCCGAAGCCGAUCUAACUACUUCCCAUCCCGAUCUUAGCUACUUCGGAUUUCGAGCAUCUGAGGAUUCCGUCAGGAUGCGUCGCGGCUCGAGCUCCCGUUUACCCGUCUCUCCGUCGCAGCUCCUUUCGUUCUUAGAACCCGCUGAACUGCAUCGUGGCUUUCCAGCAGGGAUGGGAGUGAAUUCAACCGCUGCAGCAGCAGUAUCAGCAGCAGCAGUAUCAACAUCAGCAGUAGCAACAGCAACAACAUCAGCCACACCGGGUAGAGCAGCAGCAGCAACAGCGGCAACAGCGGCAGCAGCAGCGGGAACAGCGACCCCAGGGGCCGUGUGGCUCCUAGCCAGGUCCACGUCAGCGCAAUCUUUGUCAUUGAGAUCCGAUCCGAUCCGAUCAGAGUCAAGUCGUAUUGAGAUCUGCAGUGCGGCCUUUCCUCCCCUCUCCUCUCUCCGCCAUGCUUCGUUCGCGGCGCAACCCUUACCACCUUCACCUGAAACGACCUUUCUGAGGACCGGAAUUGGCGGAGGCGAAAGAGUACACGCGGGCGGAGCGCGGUCGAUCGCUAGCGUUUCCGGAUCGCCGAUUUACCUGUCCGCUUCGUCAGGUUCCGCGUCGGAUGCCACGUCGGAUGACACGUCAGACACGUCUCUCCCGCGAAUCAAGCCGUACGAUGCGCUCUUUCGCGAUUCUCCGAAGCCUCUAGGCGUGGGUCCCAACCCCAGCGUAGUAGCUAGGCCGAAGGGAGGGGUUUACGGAGCGGUUCUGGGCCUCCUAGGGUACUAUUCCAAGGAGAGCGAGUUAAUCCGCGGCGCGAACGCGCUUUACAAGGCGGUGACGCGGCAGGCUGACGACGAGACGUUCUUAAGAGCUCUGGGUCUCCCGUCCCAGUUCCGCACGCACCACGCCCUGCUGGUCCUGCACACCUGGCUGGCUCUGCUGCGCCUGCGCAAGGAAGGAAAGAGCGGGGCAGCGGUGGGGCAGACGUUGUACGACACGUUUAACCACGACGUGGAGAGGCGAGUGGUGCGGGAGGGGGUGAAGCUGCUGGUGAGCAAGUGGAUGCGGGAACUCGAGAAGAACUUCUACGGGGCGGCCGCGGCUUAUGACGCUGCUGUGGCGCCUGGUGCCAAUGCUGAUGCACUACCCAGGGCCCUCUGGCGCAAUGUGUUUGCGGAAGACGACUCUGACAUGCCGCCAGGCCCAGCAGCUGCUCCCGUGCAGGCCUUGGCUCGUUAUGUGAGGCUUGAACUGGCCUCACUUGCUCUUACAGACUCCGAUGCUGUUCUCUCCGGCAACAUUACUUUCACCAACACCUUCCAUGCAGGAGACCCCUGAUUGGUGUGCUUGGCGUCGAGCAGACUGUAUUUCAACGAGUAAACGUGCAAUGUGCAAUGUGCAGUUGUGGUAUUCAAAAUGCAGUAUACAUUCACGAGGCGAAGGGCAUUUGCCUUUCAAAUCAAGUUGUCAUGUAUGU